AUCGAGUGUUAUGGCCGCCCGCACGGUCGGGAGCCAUGGCCGCGCUUUGCAUGAGAUGUUCCUGACCGUCACGGUGUUCUCUCUGACACUCAGACAGUGUCAGACUUCAGUGACAUUCCUAGGUAUAUCGCUGCAAGUUCAACACCAGCGCCCCUGUCCAAUGCAAGCAACCGUCUUGUGUUCCCCUUUCUACCUUCAUGAGGGGCCUUCAAGUUGUUGCCUGUUAGUGCAUCUAGCUGUCGUGGCCUUGAUUCUGAAUUGACUGAGAGCACCUCUUGGACCUUUCUCGUGGAGGUCCCAUGGCUUCAAACCUCAGUAUCGAUCUGGUGACUUGGAAGUUGCGGACCGUGAGGGUGUUCAUUCAGUUGGUUUAGAGCAAAAAGGCAAACUGUUAACUUUGGCCAUAGCAUGUUCAGAACAAAAGUAAAGUGUGAUCUCAGAUGCUCAAUCUUCUGCAGCUGACUGAGAAUAGAGAACACCUCGGCGAGCAGAAUUAGGUUUUGCCACUUUUGGUGAAUGAAAACUUUUGAGGAUAAUUCUGUUGUAACCCAUUGCCAGAGCAAGGCCUUCUAGGAGAGGCAGAACCCCUGCGGAACCGGAGAGUGGGUGGGAUUGCAAAUUUCAUAAGUUGAGGCAUCGAGAGAUGAAGCAAAGCUGGGAACCUCUAGUAAGCAUGAAUGAACCUUCUGCUUCUGGAAAAGAGAGCCGAUCCAUGGAGUUCAUGGCCUCUGAGCGGCUCGUAAAGUCCUGGUCAUUUGCUUGCUGCAUCAUAGUGACGUUGCCAGGAACGUGAGCUGGCUACAACCUUGUUCCCAAUUGACGAGAUCAACGUGAGACAUUCUUGGUUCAGGCAUCCAGCGCGAACAAGCAAGGCGCUAAUACGCUGCACCGCUGGUGACGUCAGGGGGGCUGUUUGGGGAUGGUUUCGCCGGGCCCCUCGUCAAGAACAGCCGAGCUGCAACAAGAGUGCCGGGGGGUCUGGCAGAUCAUGCUCGCUGUCGAUGCAAGUGCGGGAGUGCCAGAAGGUGCGCUAGAGGCUGGGCUUCGGGGAGCGGAGAAUGCGGACCUGCUGAGCGGGGGGAACCGAGAAGCAUCAGAGACGGACCAACAAAAUAUCGGCGGAGCGAAGAAUUUAAAGGGGGGGAGCCUGCUAGAACGGAGGCCUGAUGCAGUCAUCCCCCAAGCCCUGCAACCGCAGAGGUCGAUCCCAGGGAAUGGGUUCGCCGGCGCUUUCAGUCCGGUCCAGGGGUUGGUUUUACCAGCCAGCAGCACCCCCCCGAUGCCUGCGUACCUGCUCCCAACGUCCAGCCUCCAGAGCGGUCUGUCGCCACCACAACCGUUUGGCCCCCAGGCUGCUUUACCCCCCUUCCUUGCUCCCAGCCCCCCAAGCGGUAAACCCGAACCUGCCGACCCCUCCUGGGGGUUCAAACCGUGGGGCGAGCAGAUGCUGUCCCGCCGCCAGGGGGCUGGCGACCCAAAUGCUGCCGCACCCCCCCAUUCCGGACUGGGGCGGCUGGAAAAGUGGGAGGUCCCCAUCUUUAAACCGGCUGCUUUUCCUCCGUCCUUGAUUCCCGCACCCCCCUCCAGCCGAGCCACACCCCCCUGGACAUUUCGAGAGAACCCCUCCCCCCCCUCGACAAGCUUCAACUCAACGCCCAGGGGGGUCAGCGUCAGUGGAAGCUCGACCCCCUCCACAUCAAGCGCCCCGCUAAGUCAGGAGUUUGCGCGCACUACGCUCGCGCCCGGUGCGCUCCCCCCGGGCGCUUGGGAAGGAAACUCUGGCAGGGGGGGAAGUGUAGGGGGGACGCCAACCGGGCGACGUGCGGCGCUGGACGCAGGCGAGAGUAGCGACAACCAGAUGCACGUGCCUCAGUCGGUGCUCAAGAUCGUGGCACGGGCGCUGCAAGCGGACCUCACAAUUGCAGCGAUUCUGCAGCGGCCCACCCGCCUUGCCGAGACAGUUCUCUGCGUCCCCGAGGGCUUGGUAACCGUCCCGGUUCGCCUGAGCAAGGGCGUUUUAGACGCGGCCACCGGCGAAGUCGUCGACACCGAGAAGCUCCUGCUGCCAAGCAUGCUCACGGCCGCGCUCGGGGCCCGGCCCCAGAAGCUCCUCGCGCUGCAAUUUGCCGCAACCGGAUGCGAGGGGCUGUGCUACGCGAUGUGGGUUCGCGCGGACUCGGUUCCCGGAAACGCGGCGAGCAUAAUGGCAGACACAGUGCAGGCGUUGCCCGCGUUCCUGACUAGUAGGGUGCAAGCGAUGAGCACGGAACGGCUGAGCCGGCGGUUCGACGCGAUCCUGAAGCGGAUGCCGCAGGGUGUGGUGUUCAUCGACGACGGGUUAGGGCCGUGUUUGGUUAACCCGGCUGCGGCGGAGCUGCUUAACUUGCCCACCUUUGGGGAGCUGGAUCCGGUGAAAGUGGCGGCGACAAUGCAUGAGCUGGCGGCGAGGAGCGACAUGAGAGCGGAGGUCUACCGUUGGUUCAACGCGGUUGCUGGGAACCCGAACGAAAUCAUCGAGUCCGAUUGGGUCCUUAAAAACCCGCGCCAAGUGUUACGAGUCCGGUCAUACCCGGUGGGAGGCGCGUCCAACCAGCUGAUGUCACUCGGCAUCGAGAGCCUUGUCCCCGAGAAGCAGCGCAUGACGCACGGCCGCGUGUGGCUGUUCGAUGACGUCACGGCGGAGCGGGACGCGAGGGACGCGAUCGAGGCGGCGGACCGCGCCAAGUCGCAGUUCCUGGCGAUGAUGAGCCACGAGCUCAGGACGCCACUCACAGGUGUGCUUGGGAUGCUGGACCUGCUGCGGCUGACCCCGCUGUCGUCAGAGCAGGGCCGGUACGUCCGCGCGAUGCAGGGCAGCGCGGAGUCCCUGCUAACAAUCAUAAAUGACAUCUUGGACUUCAGCAAGAUUGAGGCGGGGCACCUGACGCUAGAGCAGAUCGACUUCCACCUGGGGGUCCUCGUGGAACAGGUGGCUGCGCUCUUCCAAGGAAAACUAGAGGAAAAGACCCUGAAGCUUACCCUGGACCUCCCCCCCUGGGAGGAGCUGCCCGUCAGUGGAGACCCAGUCAGAUUGCGCCAGGUGUUCGCAAACCUGGUGUCCAACGCGAUCAAGUUCACCGAAGUGGGGGGAAUCAGCGUCUCGAUCCAGCGGGUGGGCAACGCAAAGGGCAGCCGCGGCGUCAAGCGGGACCGUGCGGGGGUCUCGCGGAGCGGCACGCCGAGCCCUACCGGCUCGCAUCUGUGCACUCCCCGCACUUCUCUUUCCCGCCGGCCCCCUCCCUCCGACAUCCCAGACCGCGUACCCACCCCCCCUUCCACCAGCCACGCAGCACUCCCCCAAAGAGAACAAUCAACUUCUACCGACUGCUCAGGCAAGUCUCUCCGGCGGACGCCCCCGCCCCCGGAGUGCGAAACCUUGUUGGGUGGCGAUCGUGCAGGAGACGGGGGCAGUGACAUCAGCCAAAGAGCGAAGUUGCCACGUGCCCACGUUCUGGGCCGCCGAAUCUCGGGGCUCACGAUCGAGAAACUGGAAGAUUCCACGUCAGAAACAACGUCGAAUCCGGACGGGCAGGAUGGGCCGACGGGCAGAUCGGACGGCCGGGAUGGGUUUGUUACGCCAGAGGAGGAGCGCGCGGCGAGCGGAAGCGGGCCCCCCCGGUUGGAGGGGAGCGCAGCGGGGCAUGCCAGGAGUGUGUUGCGGGAGAAGUCGCGCCUUUCGAGAAUGAGCCAACCGGAGACCGACCGGCGGAGCUUUUCGGAUCCUGGUGCCAGGAAAGCACCCGGUCCUAGUUGCUCAGAGUUGGGCAGGGCCGCGAACGGGGGGCCCGGAGUGGCUUCAGAAGCGGGGGGUGAGGUGGUUGGCGAGUCGGCCGCAUUAGCGAAAACAGACGAACCGGAGGCAGGGGUGUCUGCACCGGAAGGUACUGAGGGGUCAAGCGAAGGGUUUCUUGAACGGGGAAGUGGUCUUAGGCCAGUGGAUAAGGCGCGGGAUCCAGGGGCCGCGAGAGAGGAUCUGGUCGUUCCGGGGGGGACGGGGCCGCGGCGAAACGCUGCGUCCUGGGGGGAUCCGGGGAUCAGCCGGCGCGCCUCGGCGACGACGCUCCAGGAUCACGAGAAGCGGGUUUGGUUAGAGAUCAGAGUUACGGAUACCGGGAUUGGGUUGACGAAAGAGCAGCAGGCGAAGCUGUUCUCGGCGUUCAUUCAGGCGGAUGCGACCACGACGAGGCGGUUUGGGGGAACAGGGUUAGGGUUAGCGAUUUGCAAACGGCUGGUCAACGCGAUGGGGGGCGAGAUUUGGAUCACGAGUGAGGUGGGCGUGGGGAGCACUUUCGCGUUUACGGUCGGGUUAAGGAUGGCAAAGGAUGCUGAGGCGGUUUUGGCGCUAGAGGGGCAAGCUCGGGGAGGCAGGCCGAGCACACCCCCCCUGGAAAAGGUGACAAAGGCAAGCCGGGGGUGCCGGGUUUUGGUGGCAGAGGAUAACCCUAUCAACCAAAUGCUGAUCCGUAAGAUGCUAACCCAUUACGGACAUGAACCACAAAUUGUCGGGAACGGACAGCUGGCAGUCGACGAGAUCAGGGCCAAGCCGUUCCACUACACGCUGAUUCUCAUGGACCUUCAAAUGCCGGUGCUAGAUGGGCUCGGCGCAACGAAGGCGAUCCGCGCACUGGGCCCGCCGGGAGCGCUUCCGAUCUUUGCGCUGACGGCAGACGUGUUGGUGGGGGCGGGGGAGGCGAUAGAAGAGCACCAAUUGGACGGGUACUUGACCAAACCAAUAAAUUGGGAGAAACUCGCGGGGGUGAUUGAGGCGGCAAGCGAGGCGGGGCCAGUGGCAGUGGAGCCCGCUUCUUGAGCAACCCCUAGUGCAUUCUAGUGUCAUUAUAUUAUUAAUAGCUCUUGUACGACUACGGUGUUCUUGAACGGGCAGUUGAUUUUAACGAUUGGUAAUAGCGACAAGCUAUCAGAAGAAGAUGGAAAGUAGGUCAUAUUAGAGUUACUUCCAGUAGCCUCCUAGGUGUACAGCCGGGGAUCAUACUUGGGUUGGCGGCGCAUGCGGUGAGCUUAGAGAGGAUAGGCUUGCGUUCAGAGGGCAGCCCGGCAAGAUCAGAGCGUUCUACAUUGAGCAGAUUGCCAGCCAGCAAAGCAGGUCCUCCAAUGAUUGACAAACAUAAUAAGACGCUUGCAAUUGUACUUAUCCACAUAAAGCUGGCUUGAUGCUUUGAACACAUGAAACAGUGCAUAAAUGAUCAAGGGGUAUACAUAUAUCGUCA